AAUUACGCCACUCCCUCUACUCCGAUGUGACCAUCCCCUCCAUCUUCGCCUUUAAACCCUUUCGUCCCCCGGUACUCCUGGCCUCUCUCCAAAGAAGAAAGACAGCACAGAGAAAAUAAGGGAGGAGAGAGGAAAUUUACCAUUCACCUCGUGGUGGCGGAUAUAAUCGCAACAGAGGACGGAAACCAUCUUUUUUUAGUGGAAGCAAUGAGAACAAGGUUCGGCAAAAAUCUUAAGUCUUACUCUUGGCCGAGGUCAGUGGUGCAUAAAUUCUUAAAAGGUCAAGACUUAAAGUCUAACACGGAGUGCACGUCUAAGAGAGCGAUUGAAUCCCAACAGAGAACGAAGAGCUUCUCCAAUAAAGAUGAUUCGCUCUUCAUUUCAAAAGACUUAUCUGUGGCAGAGUGGUUAGAGAACAGUUCUGAGUCUCUCAGGCUCGAUACUUCCCCGCAUCAGAGCGUAAGAAUGUUUGUCGGAACUUGGAACGUUGGCGGCCGAGCUCCCGACUCCGAUCUCAACCUCCAUGACUGGCUAACAUCCUGUUCCUCUUGUCCAGCUGACGUAUACGUACUCGGGUUCCAAGAAAUCGUGCCGUUAAACGCCGGCAACGUCCUCGGCGCCGAGAACCGCGUUCCCGCCGGCCAGUGGCUCUCGCUCAUAAGGCAGGCACUGAAUCCUCACAGAAACGGACAGGCAGUUACGUACGAACCCAUCACGUUGGAGGAAGCCGCUGAGGCGGUGCCGUGGACCUGCGAGGAAUUGGGUGGCCUCGGGAGCAGAGACGGCUACAGGCUGGUGGCAAGCAAGCAGAUGGUGGGGAUCUUCUUGUGCGUGUGGGUUCGUGCGAGCUUAUUGCCGCACGUGAGCAGUGUCCGCGUCUCGUGCGUAGGGAGGGGCAUAAUGGGUUACAUGGGAAAUAAGGGUUCAAUCUCAAUUAGCAUGACAUUAAGAGGAACAACAUUUUGUUUUGUAUGCACUCAUUUGGCGUCCGGUGAGAGAGAAGGUGAUGAGGUGAGAAGGAACGCCGAUGUGAUGGAGAUAUUGAAGAAGACUAAGUUCAAUAAGUCCAAUUGCAUCUUCUAUGAUUCACCCGACACUAUUCUGGAACACGAUAAAGUAGUCUGGUUGGGGGAUUUGAAUUAUCGCCUUGCGGCCUCGUGGAAUGAGAUGCUGGAGCUGCUUCUGGAGAAGGAUUGGCGAGCGUUAUUGGAUAUGGAUCAGCUUAGGAAAGAGCAAAGAGGAGGCCGCGCGCUGGGCGGAUGGGAAGAAGGGAAGAUAAAUUUCCCUCCCACUUACAAAUACGUAGCUAAUUCCGACUCCUACGCGGUUAGAACGGCUAAGACCGGUGGCAAGCGCCGCGCACCUGCUUGGUGCGACCGCAUACUCUGGCGUGGAAAGGGUAUGAAGCAGCACUGCUACCUUCGCGGCGAGACCCGUUUCUCCGACCACCGCCCUGUAUACGCCCUCUUCACCGUCGAUCUCGACGGAUACUACGCUCCGGCGAGACCCUCCUCCGGCGGAACCUCGUCGGCGGCGUGGGGCAAGAUCCAAGCAGAAGAGAUGCUUUUGCUGACGAGAACACAGAGCUGCAUACAGACCGCGACCCGGUUCUGACGUGUCGAACCGGGACCAGCUGAACCCAUUCGCGAGACCAUUGACUUUCUUUUCGGAGCUUUUUUUCCCGUAAAGCAGGCAUGAGAGGAGAGGGAGAGAGAGAGGGGGAGAGGCAAAGACGUUAAAGAGAAGGCUACAGCAUAUACUAACAAAAUUUUUUUCUUUCUGUCGCUCGCUGGGGCCACUUACAGGUGGCUGCUAAUGGCCAACUGGUAUAAAAGACGAGGGAUCGAAGUGUAAGAGACGAAGAGAGAGAGAGAGAGAGAGAGAGGGAGAGGGAGAAGAAUGAUGCCGUCAUGAUCACGAGCUGAUCAUGGCCGUUCAGGAGUUCAUGGACGGUGUAGGGGCGAAGAGCAUAUUUUUGAUGUGGAAGAGAGGUGAAGCUGUAUGAGUUUAAUAUGUACAAAUAUUUCAGUGUAUAUUGCUGAAGCGGAUAUGACAAGCAUAGCUUUUGUUUUGAUGUUUA